AGCAGAGCCAAGUCUGAACGUCUAGUCAUUGAUGUAUGAACUGCUUGAGUACGAGGCUUCUAUUCUUGUCGACAUCCACCACGAGAGCUCAUUGCUGGUGGUUGCUGAUGGUCUGGGAAUGGAUACAAUUAUUUAUAACACACUAAGGUUACAUUCAGAUCCUCACAACUUAGUGCUUGUUUCGAACUAUCGUCUUCCAGAAGCUCGUUUUCUAACAGGUAUACUGGAAAAGAAUGGAAUAAUCCACUCCCCCGGAAUAAUUACUGCCGAGGUAAAUAACAAGGAACGUGAAGCAAUUUACAAGCGAGGUGGUGUGGUAUUUGUCAGUUCUCGCAUAUUAGUUGUGGACUUACUGAUGGAAAGAAUGCCUGCCUCUUUGGUUUCCGGUGUCGUAAUUCUUCGGGCACAUGAGCUGCACGAGGCAUGUCAAGACAGUUUCGUUAUUCAGCUUCUCAGAGAACGCAAUCCCCAGUUGUUUAUCAAGGCUUUCAGUGAUAAUUCAUUGUCUUUGACUUCUGGUUACAAUCAUGCAGAAAGGAUUAUGUUGCAGCUUGGUAUUUCAAAGCUUGUUCUUUGGCCAAGAUUCAAUAUGCAGGUUGUUUCUUGUCUAAAUGAAAGCCAACCCGAUGUGGAAGAAGUUCGUGUAAAGUUGACUUCAGAAAUGAUUAUUUGUCAGUCGUGUAUACUUGAUCUUAUGAAGGCAUCAUUGAAAGAAUUAUGCGAUCAAAAUCCAACACUAAAUACGGACGAUCUUACCUUAGAAAAAGCUCUGUUACCGAAUUUCGACAGUCUUGUCUCGUUAUACGUUGACCCUGUAUGGAAUCAGCUCAGUUCAGUCAGUCGACGUCUUAUCGGAGAUAUUUCAAGCUUGAGGCGUUUACUCCACUUAUUGAUUGAAGGAGAUGCUGUCAACUUUUUAACCAAUAUUGAAGGUUUACGUCAAGCAGCUUUAGCAAGUUUAGGCGUAACUCAAAAGAGUGAAAUAAAUUCAAGAAGGGCUGCUUCAAGUUGUCCUAGUUGGUUUUUAAUGGACCAAGCUGAUCGUCUUUUGGCGUCUGCAAGGUCUCGUGUAUAUGCUGAUUACAGUAAAAAAUUAUUAAAUGUUGAGAUUAGUCCAAAAUGGAAAGCACUUGUUGAACUACUAAAAGAAAUCUAUACCAACACAACUGAUCAAACAUUAAAUAAUACCAUAUUAAUCCUUGUCAGUCGUGAAAAUACAUCAAGGUAUCUUGAACGCUAUUUACAACGUGGAAUACAAUCUAUUAAGAAGUUUCUUGUUCAAAAUUCAGAUCUACCUGAAUUACAGACACAUAAAAUAGUACAGAAGUCUCCCAAAUUAAUGAAUCCGAAAUCUUCUGGAGAAUCAUCCGUAACUACUCUAACACAAAUUUGCAAAAAAUAUAAAUUUGAUGAAUUAUGUGAAGAUAAUGAUGACAGUUCAUCCUCAUCAGAGGAAAAUUGUAAAAUGGAUAAUACUGAACGAAUCACUAACAAUAAUAAUCGUUUGCCUUUAGGAUGUCAUGAAGUUAGCAUUCAUCCUAGUUUAUUAAUUUCAUCCAAUACAAAGAUGUCUAAUUCACUUAAAAUUAUUAUACGUGUAGCACCAACCUUUUCAGGUGAUGAAAAUAGUCAGUUUUAUGGGUCAGCAAAAGAUUACCAAGAUGAGUCCAAUUUAUUUGUACAACAAUAUGGUUAUCGAUUACCAUAUAUUUUAGAUGUACUUCAACCUAGUUAUGUGAUAUUAUACGAACCUAAAGUAUCAUGGGUCAGAGAAUUAGAAGUGUACAAUGCACGUCUUCUAAUUCAACAUUUGUCAAAAAGUGACUCUUCAAGUAACAUCAGAGAGCUUAAUAAUUCUUUACCUUCAUUAAAAAUAUAUUUUGUACUAUAUGAAGAUUCCGUUGAAGAACAACGAUAUUUAACAAGUUUACGUAAAGAAAAAGAAGCAUUUGAAUCUCUUAUUCAGCUAAGUAGCACUAUUGUUAUACCAAAAGAUACAACGAUACCAUAUGGAAAAUUAAACCUAGAUGAUAAUCAAGCAGUGUCUCGUGUAAUUGUAGAUAUGCGUGAAUUUCGUAGUGAGCUACCAGCACUUUUACACAGAAAAGGAUUAAAAGUAGAACCAAUGACUUUAAGUAUUGCAGAUUAUAUUCUGGCUCCGCAUUUAUGUGUUGAAAGAAAAUCUGUUAGUGAUCUCAUUGGUUCUCUUAACUCUGGACGACUAUAUCAUCAAGCUACUGCAAUGUCACGUCAUUAUGCAAGUCCAGUUCUCCUAAUUGAAUUUUCUAUACAUAAUAAAGUUCCUAGUUUAAAUCAUGGGAGUACAAGAGGAUUUCAUGGAAGUGAAGCAGUUGGUUUUACCUUGUACACUGGGCGACAUGCAAUUAACCCUAGUUCAGAGUUCAAUUCCCAUCAUCUUCUAUCUAAACUUGUUUUGCUCACUAUUCACUUUCCUAAUCUACGAAUAUUUUGGAGCAUGACUCCCUAUUGUACUGCAGAAUUGUUUGCAGAGAUCAAACUUGGUCGACCAGAACCAAGUGUUGAAAAACUUCCUCAGGAUGGCGACCAUUUAGAGGAUCAUAAUGUUGAGGCUGUUGACAUGCUAUUAAAAUUACCAGGUGUAUCAUGGAAAAAUUAUCGGCGCAUAAUGAGUCAUAUCUCUUCUUUAUACGAUUUGGUUAACUGCAGUAUGGAAAGGUUAGCAGAAAUUUUGGAUAGUAGUGAAUCUGCUGUUAAACUGCACAAUUUCCUCCAUUCCAAAUGUAGUGGUUUAGUUUCGAAUGCCUCGACAGAUAUUGCUGAUGAGUCAUUCAAGUAUCAAAACAGACGUAAAGCCAGACUAAAUUUAUCGGCUAGUGUAAGAACACGUCGUGGGAAAGGUUGUGGGUCUAUCAAAAUGUAGCUCGACAUAAUUAAUGAUAAUAAAUAUUUUUAACAAUCUUGUACAUAAAAUAAAAUUUAGGUCUAUUCUAA